UACUCUGCUUUGCGUCCACCGACGGUGGGUUGCCGGUAAAACGGGGCAGGGCCACCGUUGUCCGUCAAGCUAGCCAGAGUUCGGAAGGCGUAAAAACACUUUUACCUUCAGAAUGAGUGCACCAUCGCUUAUCAUAUCACAUCUGUAAUGAGUCCUCCGCUAAUCCGCUUUUUCUUUUGCGCGUACUGACCGGAAGUUGUGUUUUUAACUCUACGAGGUUUGACGCUGUUCGGGCCACAGUGCAUGUAGAUCCAUAACGCUUGGCUGAAUAUAAAGCAGAAACGUAAGCUAACGGUACAUAUAUGUGAUACUAAAACACAGAAAGAACCGAGGAACUGAGCACAUAUGGAUCCCAACCGGAUAAUCCAGGCUCUCAAAGGGACUAUCGACCCUAAUCUGAGGAUAGCUGCGGAAAAUGAACUCAAUCAGUCCUACAAGAUCAUCAACUUCGCCCCGACGCUGCUUCAGAUCAUUGUGUCGGAGCAGGUGGAGUUUCCUGUUCGCCAGGCGGCGGCCAUCUACUUGAAGAACAUGGUGAGUCAGUACUGGCAGGACAGGGAGCCGUCUCUGGGCGAAGUCAUCUUUCCCUUCAACAUCCAUGAGAACGACCGGCAGCAGAUCAGAGACCACAUAGUGGAGGGUAUCAUCCGCUGUCCGGAGUCCAUACGCGCCCAGCUGACCAUGUGUCUGCGAGCCAUCAUCAAGCACGACUUCCCCGGCCGCUGGACCGCCAUCGUGGACAAGAUCGGCAUGUACCUGCAGUCUCAGAACAGCGGCAGCUGGUACGGUAGCCUGCUGGCUCUCUACCAGCUGGUCAAAACAUAUGAGUACAGGAAGGCAGAUGAGAGGGAGCCGUUGCUGGCAGCAAUGCAGAUCUUCCUGCCGAGGAUUCAGCAGCUCAUCAGCCAGCUGCUGGCUGACUCCACGAUCUUCUCUGUCCUCAUCCAGAAACAGAUCCUCAAGAUCUUCCAUGCUCUCGUACAGUACUCGCUGCCUCUCCAGCUGAUCAACAACACAGUGAUGACUCAGUGGAUGGAAAUCCUCCGAGCCAUAAUGGACCGAGACGUUCCAGCUGAGACACUUGAGGUUGAUGAGGACGACCGACCUGAGCUGGCGUGGUGGAAGUGUAAGAAGUGGGCCUUGCGUAUUAUCACCAGACUGUUUGAGCGGUAUGGAAGCCCUGGCAACGUGACAAAGGAAUACUAUGAGUUUGCAGACUUUUUCCUGAAGACAUAUGCAGUGGGCAUACAACAGGUCCUGCUGAAGGUAGUGGACCAGCACCGACAGAAUCAGUACGUUACUCCUCGCGUCCUGCAGCAGUGCAUCAACUACCUCAACCAGGGCCUGUCGCACUCCCUGACCUGGAAACAGAUGAAGCCACACAUGCAGGCCAUAUGCCAGGAGGUCAUCUUCCCUCUCAUGUGUUACAAAGACGAGGAUGAGAAACUUUGGCAGGAGGACCCCUAUGAGUACAUCCGCAUGAAGUUCAACCUCUAUGAUGACCACGCCCUGCCGGCCACGGCUGCCCAGAGCCUCCUGUGUAAAGCUGCUCGCAAGAGGAAGGAGGUUCUUCCUCAGAUGAUGGAGUUCUGUCAUCAGAUACUAAUGGACCCCGCUGCUGACCCCCGCAGGAAAGACGGGGCCCUGCACUGCAUUGGAGCCUUAGCUGAGCUUUUACUGAAGAAGCGGUUGUACAGGGAGCAAAUGGAGCUGAUGCUACAAAACUAUGUCUUCCCUCUGCUUAACUCUCCUUUGGGUUACCUGAGAGCCAGGUCCUGUUGGGUGGUCCAUUCAGUCAAUUCGUGCUGGGUGCUCCACUGCUUCAGCCCGCUGCAAUUCCACGAUGAGCUGGUGCUGAGGAACGCCGUCGAGUUGGUCAAACAGGACCUGAUCGACGACAAAGAGAUGCCCGUCAAGGUGGAGGCCGCCAUCGCUCUGCAGACGCUGGUCAGCAACCAGGAACAAGCCAAGCUUUACAUCAGGCCGUACAUCCGGCCGAUCAUGCAGGAGCUGCUGCAUGUGGUGAAAGAGACAGAGAACGAUGACCUGACCAACGUCAUUCAGAAAAUGAUCUGCGAAUACAACCAGGAGGUGGCCGCCAUUGCUGUGGACAUGACACAGAACCUGGCGGAGAUCUUCACUAGAGUCCUCCAGAGUGAGGAAUACGAGGAGAAUGAGGACAAGACCGUCAUGGCCCUGGGCAUCCUCAGCACCAUUGACACCAUCCUCACUGUCAUGGAGGAUCACAAGGAGAUCACUCAGCAGCUGGAGGGGAUCUGUUUGCAGGUGAUUGGCCUGGUCUUGCAGAAGCCCAUCAUAGGUAUGGCAGAGUUCUACGAGGAGAUCCUGUCACUGGCUUUCGGCCUCACCUGUCAGACCAUCUCCCCCCAGAUGUGGCAGCUUCUGGGUGUCCUGUACGAGGUCUUCCAACAUGACUGCUUCGACUACUUUACAGAUAUGAUGCCUCUCUUGCACAACUAUGUUACCGUGGAUACAGACAUGCUCCUGUCCAACCCUAAGCACUUAGAGAUCAUCUACAGCAUGUGCAAAAAGGUGUUGACCAUAGAUGCUGGUGAGGAUGCAGAGUGUCACGCUGCCAAACUGUUGGAGGUCAUCAUCCUGCAGUGCAAAGGCAGAGGCAUUGACCAGUGCAUCCCACUGUUUGUGGAAGCGGUUCUGGAGCGAUUGAUGCGGGGGGUGAAGUCCAGCGAACUGAGGACCAUGUGUCUGCAAGUGGCCAUCGCUGCUCUGUACUACAACCCAGCCCUGCUCAUGCACACUCUGGACAACAUGCACUUCCAACACAACCCACAGCCCAUCACUGCCCACUUCAUCAACCAGUGGAUGAAUGACACAGAGUUCUUCCUGGGGCUCCAUGACCGUAAGAUGUGUAUCAUCGGCCUGAGCGUGCUGAUGGAGUUGCCCAGCCGGCCGGCGGUGCUGGAAGGAGUUGCCGCCCAGGUUGUCCCCUCCAUCCUGCUCCUGUUCCUGGGCCUCAAACACCUUUACGCCUCGCGCCUAGUCAACAAGCCGGACCUGCUAGCCCGUGCAGGGGCACAGGAUGAAGACCAGAAUGAGGAGAUUCCCAGUGAUGAAGAUGAGGUGAACGAGAACCGUAAUGCCAUGCAGCAGCAGUCCAGCAUGCCACUGGGCCAAGGUGGCGAGGAUGAUGAUGAUGAAGACGAAGAUGACUACUGGGACGACGACGGCUUUGAGGGGACGCCCCUGGAGGAGUACAGCACGCCUCUGGACUACGACAACGGAGAGGACGAGUAUCACUUCUUCACCUCCGCCCUCCUCAGGGUCCAGAACACUGAUGCAGCCUGGUACCAGUGUUUAACAGCUCCGCUCAGUGACGACCAGAAGAAACAGUUGCAGGAGAUCUACAGCAUCUCGCAGCAGAGGAGGAGCACUGCCACCAAGGGCCAGUGAGCGCCGAGGAGACGGACAGAUUGCAGAAGAAGAGGAGGGGGGAUGAAGAAAGAGGAGCUGGUCUGACCUGACCUGAAGUGGAUUUCAGUUCUAACCUGAACUGUCUCACUCCAGAUCAGACUUAAAGAAUCCCACCAAAACUUGCUCCCAGGGUGCCACUGGAACUGGAUGAAGAAGCAGGGGCUGGGUUGGCAUUAUAUCAGUUUGGGACCCGAUGCACUGUAAAGAGCCCCUACUGGAUUAUUCCUACAACCAGGACAGGACCGUUAGCCUGUGUGUGUGUGUGUGUGUGUGUGUGUGUGUGUGUGUGUGUGGACUCCAGAGAAAGGUCUGCAUUAUAAAUAUAAAUGUCCUUGACCAGCAAAAUUUGUUUAAAUUCUUGUACAGGGCAGUCCUUUGGUCUGUGACUAAGUAAAUGUGCGUGUGUGUGUGCGCGAGUGUGUCUGAGAAACUGUAAGAAAUACAAACACAUCAGAGUGUGUGUGUUUGUAUGUACUGUAAGCACUUGUCUAUGUUUCUCUGUAGUAGAACACUUUUUAUCAUCUCAUGAAUUGAGGGCCUACGAGGAGUAAGAAGAGCCCCAUUUCUGACAGGGUGCCUUGUGUACUGAUGGACGAGAAGGUCGAGGUCACACAGAUGAAAUGCAAAGUGGGAGAGGGAUCUCGGGAGAAGCAGUUUUUUUUUGUUUGUUUGUUUUUGAGUUUGUCCCUGGAUUUUGUUUUUGUAACAGUUUUCAAAACUAAUUUAAGAAAAUCAUACAUUCGUGUAACAUUUUUUCUGAGUUGUGUUUGUUAUUUGAUCUUUAACUCAUUCCUGCCUUUACUAAACAAUGUCUUUGGUGUUCUGGCUGUGUUAAUGCUUGUUGGCAAAUAUUAUCAAAUGUACCUGCUGAACAUCAGCAUGUUAGCUUUUUAGUUGUGACCACGUUAGCAUGCUGAUGUUAGUGGCUCCGAUGAUUACUGGAGGACAAGGACAAGGACACUGGAACAGAACCAUUACUGUGGUCUUUUUUUUAAAAAAUAAUUUACACCCAAGUAGAGCUGAGGCUGAUGGGAUUGUUAUUAGUUUUGCAGGUUUAUGGUCAUAAAGAAAAUCAAAUUAAAAUUUUAACCUUAAGAUGGUGCUAAAUGAAACGACAGAGGAUGAUCAAAGUCAAUGUCUGCACCAGGGUUGUCACAAUAUUAGCUUUUCACUACGUGACAAACAUAGCCAACACAAUACAUGAAAACAAUAUUAUUGUGAUUAUCCACAGAAUAUGUGACAUGUGACUUCACAGUUUGGUAGUAGCUCGCUAGCUAGUUACUGCAUCUUCAUUUUUCCUUUUUUUUUCAAGGUUAACAUCCAGUGUUGAAUUGUAUUAACACCCCUGACUUUGACAAGGAAGAACAGCAGGAAAUGAAAAUUGGCGCUGGAUUAUUAGCAUGAUAUCAGUAUUUCAAAGUUUAAUCGCAAUCCAUCUUAUAGUAAGUAUGUCAGACUGGACUGAAAUGGCGAACUGUCCUGCUGGCAUUUGCCAUUGCUGGAACAAUGUCCUCAUGGGUUAGGUAGCAUUAAAAGGCCUUUUCACAUUUAAGCCAAAAAAAAAAAAUAAAAAUGGGGGUUUCAUAUGUUUCACAUUUGUUGGUGUAGUAUUUUCCACUGUUUAACUCCAGUGAUGCUGUUGUAAAUGGCUGCCUUUCCACUGUGAGCUAAUUCCAUUGUGUCAUAGGAGAAGGGAUGGAAACCCAUGACUGCCUUGAAGGUAAGAAAGCAUAUCUUACCUUCACUUCCAUUAUAAGGUAUUAGAAACCAAUAGCUACCUAUAAAUAUUUUUUGGAAUAAGGAAAUUAAAAUGGCUAUGGGUGCUUGAAUCUAACUACCUUCCCUUCUAGCAUAAGGAAACGGAAGCUAAGAAAGGUAUGCUAUCUUUAUUUCCUUUACAGAUAAUGCAGAAGCAUUUCAAAUUACCUUUGACUGCAUUACCAGCAACAAUAAUGUAUAAUGUUUUUUUAUUUUUCACAAAAAAUAAUAAUACAGACUUUAUGUUCCGUGUGAGAGUUAAUUAAAUAGACUGGAAGCUGGUGUGUUAAAAAUGGGGAAAAUGUAUUCCAGAGUCUGGGAGCUAAAACUUAUACAAACUGUUAUGGCACUUAAACUAUGCUUCUGACAGAGGAUUUUCAUACUGAUUAAAGCCCAUAAAGUUGGUGCCCUCCAA